AUGGCCGGACCAUCUCUAUCACACAUCCUCGAUCCCAUGGCGCCUUUGUCUGAGCCUGUUUCUGCGCCUCCUCCGCCCUACCCGCUGGCACAGCAGCCUGUCGCUGGCUCCGAUGCUGCCGCUACAAGUACGGUAGGCUCCGCGCCGUUGAAUCUUGCUGGUACGGCCCAUGAUCACAUCGCCAUGCCAGCAGUGCCGCCGUCAACGACAGCUCCCGGUGUUACCACUGCCGCCGCCGCUGCUGCUGAUGGUGUAACUCCUGGUGUCACUGCUGAACCCUCAGGAUCAGGGUCGAACCAGAGCCACCAAAACAGCAAUCCCUAUGCUUGUCGCGACUGUGGCCGGACUUAUUCACGGCCAGAGCACCUUGUUAGACAUGUCCAGACUCACACUCUGGGGCGGCGCUUUGCGUGCGAAAUCUGUAAAAAGACAUUCGCCCGGAAGGAUUUGCUGAGGCGCCAUGUCACUAACCAUGAGAACGACUCGCCCUUGAAGCGUGAACGGAUGGUUUCAUCACCAAACUCCAGUCGCGUUACCCAGGCUUGCCGUCACUGUGCCGUUGCUCGCGUGAAAUGCGAUGAGGCGAAGCCGUGCAGGCGCUGUGUCCGCCGUAGCCUGCCCUGUUCUUCUUAUGAGACCAGCCCAGGCACUGUUAGGCAUCUUGUCCAUCUUCCAGCGGGCGGGCAGGAUGCCACGCAGACUCGUCCAAGCGGCGCUGCUUCUGUAGGAUCCACAGACUCCAACUCCACACUUCAAAAUGCCUCUGCAAACUUCAUCCGCGACAAUACAACUAGUAAGAGCAGCCCUCUGUCACAGUCUACGUCAUCAAGACAAGGCGACAGCCAGCUGACCACUCCGGAUACGGGGGUAGGACCAGGCAGUAUUACUAACAACCCAAGUCAACCCCAUGAUCCUUCAAGAACUGGCUCAGGUCCUAUGGAGUUCAAUAACAUCCCUUUCUUUGACUUCCUUCGCGAUGUCCUCUACCCUCAGCCAGUGGAUCUGUCACGGCCAUCCGAGUCUCAAGGUCCAGCCGUGUUGGACUUCUGUGACGAUAUGGAUAUGGAUCUGACAGAGAUGGACUUUGGCCUCCUGGACCAUUGGAACCUGGAUCUGGACGAUGGCUCUCUGAUAACACCCACAAUGACUGGUCAUAACCCGCAAAACUCAUUGGAAAUGUCUCAAAUGCGGCAGAAUCUUGCCAACGUCUGGGGGGAAUUGCCGUGGAAGUGGGACCCCACCACCAAGGACAACGCCUACACUGAGCAGGGUAAUCUUCCCGUAUCAGCCACAGAUGUUUCCAAUGCUCAAUUCCAAGAGGUCAAGAGACAACUGGAGCGAGUGGUUGAUCAAAGACUGAAUCUUCCCAGCCGCGACCAGAUUCUAGCCAUUGUCUUGAAGACUUGUCGAGAUGCUUCCACGGCCGGCCGGGUGGCCGCCUCUUUUCCAACAGUCGAUGUGAUGGACACAAUGGUUCAAGCCUUUUUGGCGGCUCACCUCCGUCAGGUAUCGACAUGGAUACACUAUCCCACCCUUAAGCUGAAUGCGGUAUGGCCUGAAUGGAUUGGAAACGCUGUGGCUGCUGGCGCUGUCUUGAUGCCAGCUCCGACGUUGCGAAAGUUUGGAUUUGCCGUUCAAGAGGCAGUUCGAAUUACAAUACCUGCACGAUUUGAAGACAAUAACACAGCCAUACAAAACCUUAGUCUUGUCCAAUCCCUCAUUCUGGGGCAAGAUAUCGGCUUGUGGAGCGGCAACCGCAGGAAAAUGGAGAUCGCCGAGUGCCAUUUAGUCAUUCCGGUAACAAUGAUGCGAUAUCGUCGGCUGUUCCAGCGAUGUAUGUACCCCGUUAUCACGGUCGAGCCCUCCGAUGAGGGCGAAAUACUAGAACAAAAGUGGAUGAAAUGGGCGGCUGCGGAACAAUGGAAGAGGCUCGUAUUCCACUGUUACAUCCGGGAAGCCCAAAUAUCCAUGACAGCGUUGACGAAUCCAUGCAUGUCGUAUGCCGAGUUGACGCUACCUCUACCGGAACAGAAAGACCUGUGGUCUGCGAAAACAGCGUCUGAGUGGAAGGCCAUCUAUUUAACGAGAUCUGUUGGACCGAAUUUAAAGGCGCCAUCAAUCGCCGACAUGUACAGAGACCCACGUCAGUUUGCUGACAACAGCACGCGUAUCGAUAUGCAGCUGUCCGUCUCUGUUUUCCUUCACGGCUUUUGGUCAAUGGUUUUGGAAUACUCUCAAAUGAGCGUGGUGCACCAAUUUCGUAGCUACUCCAAAGAAGUGUCAAACCCGAUGCUUAGCUCAAGACGUCAGGAGCUCAUGAGAGAUCUGCAGUCGUUUCAAUUUGUUGCGUCAAAACUGCAGGAUGUUUCUCCUCAGGAGCAUGUUGUCUUGUGUCUUCUUAUGAUGCACCUGCACGUAUCCUUAGACGACCUGCAGAUCUUUUCGGGCAAGCAAGGGGAGGAAGAGGCCCGCCGUAUGUACCCCAUUCUACAACAAUGGACAGCUAGCUCCGACUCCUGGCAUGCAGUCUAUUGCGCUGGUCAGAUCUUUCGACAUGCCAAGCUGUUUCCUUCAGGGUCCUUGAAGGAUUUCUACGCCAUAGCAGUCCACCAUGCCGCGCUUGCUUUGUGGACAUACGGCGUUGUGUUUCGAGCCAGCCAGCAGCAAGAAAUGCCAUCGCAGUAUGGGUUUGAACCUAUGUAUCUGGACGACGGCGAUGCCACAACGAUUCAACAGUUUUUGAGUUUCGGACAGGGGCGGCCUUUUAUCCAAGGGCCUGCAGGAUCGAGCUCUGGCGCUGCGCCAGGCGAUGCAUCGGUUUACGACCCUCGUGCGUGUAUGGAUAUUGCACAGGAAAUUUUACAGGCCAACUUUCGACGGCCUCAGGAUGCCUUGCCGCCUCUUGUAGAGAAUCUCUGCCAGCUAAUUAAACAGCUUGGAAACGCAGCUUGGGCGGUUGGAUUGGGGUAG